CCCGGAUUCUACUUCCCGGUGCCGCCCCACCACCCGCCGCCAGCACAGCAGCAUCCGCUGGCGCACGGGCUGCUCGCCUCUCACCACGGCGCGCCCGACGAGAACAGCCCCGCCGCGGCGCGCAGGUCACAUCACCAUCAGCAACACCAAAAUCAACAGCAACAACGUGGGAACAUUCCAGGGAUCCCCAAUAAUGGUGUAGGUGUCUCCUCUGGGGCUGCCAACAAAGCCAAAGCCCGCCAGGGAAAGCUGGUGCGGCUGAACAUCAAUGCACGUGAGCGACGGCGGAUGCAUGAUCUUAAUGAUGCCUUGGAUGAACUUCGUAGUGUCAUCCCCUAUGCACAUUCACCAUCAGUCCGGAAGCUGUCCAAGAUAGCCACUCUACUAUUGGCUAAAAACUAUAUACUAAUGCAGGCAAAUGCCCUUGAUGAGCUUCGACGGCUGGUGGCAUGGCUUCAGGCUCAGGCUGGGAGCCUGUAUGAGCUGCCUCCUGGAUUCCCUACAACACCCACUGACAACAAACUGCAGAGGCAAGCAGCAGCAGCUGCCGCUGCUGCAGCUGCCGUCUCUACCUCAUCAGGCUCACCUGCUCCUAGACCAGCCGUCAGUGGAUAGGACCCAAUAUAAGUGGAUCUGAGUGGACUCAUAGGUGGUGCACAGUACUUUCUUUUUGGAUUCAAGGCUCAUACAAUGGACAAUUUGAAUUUAGUGUAAUGUUGGCAAAUAGCAGUGAUAGCUGUAUGAUGAAGUACCAUUGUAAGUGGCCACAGGAAAUGGUGCUCUCAAUAGAAUUUUUAAAACUGUGGAAAUGGAAUACAUCUAGGAGGCAAUAAAAUAGUGGUAGGUAUAUUUUUAUUAGGAAGUGUUCAGUUGAUACACUCAUAUUUUGCUGAAGCCUACGUGGGACAUCAUUUAAAUCUGAUAACUUUGUAGGAGUGAAGAAUGGGACAGCUAUUUUUGUGUUAUCACUCUGAUGAAUCCACAACUGUGCUCAGAAAAUUCUGAAAGCAGUAUUUUCAAUCCAUAAGCUGGUAGUGUAUUACUAUGAUAAUUUCUAAAAUUACUGUCAGGGCACUGGCUGUGACUUUGUCGCACAUGUUUUAGAUAAGAUGUAAAUAUUUAGUACCUACUCAAUUGCAGUAUUCUAUACAAUGUAAUGCUCUGCUUAAGUCUUUGUAACUGCCUGGCACUGUCAUGAAUGUACCUGGUACAGUAAACAUUGCAAAAAUA